UCUCGCGAGAUUAUCCGCCAACCCCUCCGAUUCGAACGAGAGUUCGUGCGGUGUGGCGUCAUCUUUGUGAGACACAUUUUACUUCACCGUUAGCAAGCAAGCUGCUAUCUAGCUAGCUCGCUCGCUCGCUCGCACUUUGUUUUGUUUUGGAAAUGGCCGCUUCGAAGAAGGGGAAGAAGGUUAUAAACCAAGAGGAACUGCGGCGCUUGAUGAGAGCGAAGCAACGACAAACGACAGACAAGAAGCGCGUCGAGUCUCCCUUUGCCAAAUACAACAGUCUCGGGCACCUCAGCUGCGUGCUGUGCAGUGUGCAGGUGAAGUCCGAGCUCCUGUGGCCGGCUCACGUCCUCGGGAAACAGCACAAGGAGAAGGUUGCCGAGCUGAAGGGAGCGAGGAGUCAGCCGGCGGCUCCGCAGAACCAGCCGGUGAAGAGGAAAGCAGCGGAUGGCGAAGACGUCACCGGGAAAAAGUCGAAACCGACGACGGUCGCGGGCCAGUCCGCGUCAGGGCUGCCAGGAGGUUUCUUCGAGAAACCCGGCGAAAAGGCUGCUGGUUCUGUCAGUAAGUCUGCAGGCUUGAGUCUCUUGGCUGGAGUCUAUGAUGAGGAUGAUGACGACGAUGCAGCAGAUGCUAUGGAGGCGAGUGAGGCAGGGACCGCCGACCCCUCUCCUCCCAAGGCUGAGGCUGCAGGACUACCAGCUGACUUCUUUGACAGCUCCAUCCCGCCCGCACCCGCCGUCUCCCACUCCGGGUCCAUCCUGAAAGCAGACCUGCCGGAAAAAAGCGCAGAGAAGAAGGAGAACACAGCCGAGGCGCUGCCGGAGGGCUUCUUCGACGACCCGGUGAGAGAUUGCAAAGUGCGCAACGUCGAGGCGCCCAAAGAUCACAUGGACAAGGAGUGGGAAGAGUUCCAGAAGGAGAUACGACAGGUGAACACAAAAUCCGACGCCAUCGUGGCGGAGGACGACGAGGAGGGCCGACUGGAACGACAGAUCGACGAGAUCGACGAGCAGAUUGCGUGCUACAAGAGGGUCGAGCUGCUGAGAGACAAGCGCGACGUGGUGAAGAGCAAGCCCCUGUGCACGAAGGAGGAACAAAUGGAGACUGAUGGCGUGACUGAGGAGGAAGAGAAUGAAGAGGAGCUGCUGGGGCUUUUGUCCCACGACUGGAGGGCCAAAGGGGCACUGGCAUGAGUCUCUGUGGAAGAUUUUGUCCAGAAUGAUGUGAAAGCGUUUGAGAUGGGUGUCAGAAAUCUGUAAAUAUGAUUGUUAAAGGUGACAUUUUAUGCAAAGAUCACCUUUCCAGUGUUUGUGCCAUAAAGUUGGAUAUCUGCAGCGCCUGCCGGCCCACAAACUGUGAAAAAAGACCUCCCUGUCGUUUUUUUUGUGAGCUGGCUAAACACUACAGCCUGGCUCUGAACGACUGGUUCAGAUAUCUCUCCCACUCUGAUGUCACAGUUGGACU